AUGGAACCAACUCCAAAUCAAAGUUUGGAGAGAAGUCCUCAAGGAGAAGGAGAGCAUGGAGCAAGUCCUUGGUUUUCUAUACGGGAGUGUGCCAAGUGUCACUUAGGGUACCCGAGCUUGUGCAAGAGUCGUGCGGCCACCGAGCUGUCAGUCGUUAGCUCGCACUGCCCGCCCUGCCGGUUUAGGCCCAACGAGAUAGUCGCGCCCGAUGCAACCCAGCAGCCCAUGAAUCAGACUCAAAGGUUGAAGAGAAGUCCUCAAGGACAAGGGGAGCAUGGAGCUGGUCCUUGUUUUUCUAUACGAUGGAAUGUACAAGUAAGGGAAGUAGUACCCGUAUCUGCUGUGGAGGGACGACCCCAGCCCGGCGCCCUGGAGGCAAGCAAGCAAACCGUUGUAAAGCCACAAGAAAUAAAACAAUAUUCUUCGCCCAGCUCACCCGACCCGUCGCCCGAACAGCUACCAGAACCAACACCCGGCCCCUCAACGAAAUAUGGAAACUACAAAUAAGCAUUGAACUCUCCAGCAAUCAGAGCUUUCUCAAAAAAUUUUCUGCAAAAUCGUUUAUGGAUUUGAAGUGUCGGUGGAGAAUAUUUACCUACAAUAUUUUAAUUAUUAAGCUGUUUAAUAUUUUUACUUAUAAGUUUCAAUUUUAAUGUUAAUUUGAAUAGUUUUUGAUCUAAACGCUGACGAAAAAGUAAAAAAAACCAAUGUUUAAUUCUUAAGCAAUGUUUGAGUAGUAAGCACGUUUCUGAUAGUAUGCAAUAUAUCAUAUGAAUAUUUAAUUUACAAACAUAAGUU